AUGGAAGUGUUCUUUGUGCUAUUGUUGUUGUGUGCUACCGCCUUUUUUGUGGGAAAAUGGUCAUAUGAUUCAUUAUGGUUGAUAGCAAGCAGUAUAUUCGAGACCGGCUAUAGAUUAAAGACCAGGAAUAACAAGUCGUUGUAUCAGUUACCUUCCAGUGGUGAGAACUCAAACUAUUUCUUCAACAAGUUUUACACAGUUUACUCUAUCAAAUCUCAAAGUAUUACUAGGGGACUGCGCUUUCUAUUCGCCUUUGGUAUAACUUGUUAUGCUAUGACCAUUGAAAUAGUACUCUGGCAGAUUAAGACAGCCGAUGCGAGCCAAGAACAUGACUUGAUUACCAAGUAUAUAUGGCCGUUGACUUCUCUGUCUCUCACGGUCAUCCUUAUUUUGGUCCAACCAUUCUUCAUUUUGAUAACUAUUUUAAACAAAUUUUUUAAUGACUCCCUGAAUAUAAAUCAAUUGGUUAUGGGCACUUUUAUGUCAUUGGCGUUAAUGAUAGCAACUUUGCAAUAUAUGUCAUGGGGUCCCUUCUACUAUAGCAAGAGUAUAUUGACCAGCCUUUCCAUUGCAGGUGUGACAGUAAUGGCAAUCCUUUCCGGUAUUGCAUCAAUAUCAACAUUGUACUACACAUUUUCCAUGAUAUUUAAAAGGAGAUCAGACAUAUCAGGAAUGCAAUCUUCGAGCCUGAUUUCCAGAAAUAGAAGACUGAAUCUUUGGACUACACAACGUCAACUACAAAGUCAAAUUGACAACUAUGAGAGAAACAUUAUUGAAAAUAUAUCAAUCUUAAAAAAAAUGGAUGAAGAUAAUGUAGGAGUUGCAGCACCCUUAAGAAGACAAAUGGUAGAUAAGAUAAGUUGGUUUCAAUUAGAAGUUGCAAAACUAGAGAAAUCAGCGAAACAACCUACCUUAAUAAGGAAUUCAAGAAGGAUCUUCGAGAUUUCGUUUUUGAUAUACUGUUGUCACAAGGUAUUAAUCACAUUUCUGAAGAGAAUUCCACACAUAAUCAGCCAUGCAUUGAAAUAUCCCAAUGACAUAGACUAUGAAUAUUUUUAUGACAGCUCAGGCUCAUCCUCCACCGGAUCAGAUCCAUUGGCUGUGACCGUUGCUAAACUACUAGAUUUAUUUUUGUUUGGAUUUAACUACAAGCAGGACUUAGACUCACUCACAAAACAAAUUUCUUUGCUAAUAUCGAUAUCCCUUUUCAUAUGCACACUAUCGACUGUGAAUACCACAAUAACUUAUCUGCUAUCUCUAUUGCCCUCCAGGAUUCAGGUUAUCGCAACACUUGUCAUGCAAGGUGAGGAGGAUGCUGAUCUCUUACCAACAAAUACAAAAGUGAGCAGUAGAAGAAACCCAUCUAUAAUUAAAAAUCUGAUAGUUUCUGAAUUGAUUGGAGUUUAUGUUGUUUCAACAAUCUUAUUAAUUAGGUCAAAUUUACCAUUUGGAACAGCCCUGAAACUGAAAGAACUAUUAGGAGAAAAAUUCACAAUGCCGACCGGCGCUAUAGAUUCAUGGUUUGAUAAAAUUUAUGCCCUGGUUUGUAUAAUCUCAGUGGUAGGUAUCCAUAUUGCAGAGAAAUCGACGUUUUACAAAACCUAA